AUGAUAUUCAAGUUAUUACCGGAAGCUAAGAACGGCCGCACCGUGUUUUCCUAGGGAAGUCUUUCACUCAACCACUACCUUCACGCGAAAAGAUGGCGAAAAACCUAACAGAUAAAGAUAUUCGCCAACUCAGAGAAAGCUUCGAACUGUAUGACAAACAAGGGGAUGAAAAGAUUGAUUCAUCGCAACUCGGAGAGGUUCUGCGCGGACUUGGUCAAAACCCGACCAACGCAGAAGUAAAGAAAAUCGUCUCCGAAAUGGACCCAGAAGGUGGGAACAGAAUAUCGUUCGAGGAAUUCCUGCCAGUGUAUCAGUCGUACAUGGGUAAGAAACCCAAGUUCAGCACUGAGGAUUUUGUAGAUAGUCUGCGAGUAUUUGAUAACGACGGCUCAGGGAUGAUCAACGAGGGAGAACUCCGCCACAUUUUGACGACACUCGGAGAAAAACUAACCGACAGUGAAGUAGAUUCACUGAUUCAGGGUUUAGAGGACAAGCAAGGACAGAUUGACUGUGAAGAGUUCAUAUUAAGCGUUUUACAAGGCUAAUAACGAAUUAUAUUAUUUUUACCGAGCUCCGACUCCCUCGGAGGAUAGGAAUGUUUCACAGCAUGGUGUCGUGUCAGAUGAGCUACAAGCAGAUGGGCAGAGUGGAAAUCAUAAUCACACCGGAUUCACAUCAGAGCUUGGACAUAAAUUGUGCUGGAAGAAAGAUUUUAGACUUGCUUUGAACGAUAAAUCAUUCUUUGUCAUAGCUCAUCAAUUUCUCUCGCUCUUUUCAAUUCAUUGUUUUGUAUGGUUUUAAAUUCACUAUGAUUUUACAGCGAGAUUCCCAUGGAAAAUUCUUGAAUCAAGAAAGAUGUACAUGAAGCUAAGUUUAGAACUAGAAACAGGUAGUUCUUAGUAUUAAGUAAGUCAAAUUUUGAAAACAGAGUUUUCAGAAAAUCGUAUUUUGAUGGUUAUCGCAUCAUAUCGUGUUAUAAAAUACGCCUUUGACCGACGUAAUGUUCUGCAAUGCUAAGAUCUGUCGAUACAUGCAUGGGAAUACACGCCAGAAUAUGUUCUAGCAUAUCUAAAAUGAAAGAGAGUAAUCACAGAAUCGAAAAA